AUGGAGGUGGAGAAGGAGCUUUGGAGAAGGAGAGGCAUUAUGACCGCGCGAAGAAGUCGGAGAAGAGUGCAUUUGCGAGGAAGCCACGGAGGCAGUCGGCCGAAUCACGGCGGUACCAACGAGAUCCGGCGCACGCCUAGUCUAAACAACAUGAACGAGCAAACGAUCCGCCUUCUGGCGACCUUGCCGCUGGAAAUCAUCCACAAGAUCUACAACGACCUUACCACACCCGCAACACUCGACUUCAUCGUCACUCACCAUGCCUCCGACGACCAUGCCAUCCACCUACACUGCACCAACAUCAACGAAUGGACCGCGCAACUCUCUAUGCUCGCCGCAUUCCCAGAUCUCGCCUCCAUGGCCCGCGACGAUGCCAACAUCCUCCCGAAACUCCUAGCGCAAGAACACCAAAUCACCAUCCGCCUCAAACAACAACCAACGACUGCCUACUCCACUUUACACGCCGCCAUCUCCGCCGCCGACAUCCCAGACCAAGCCGUCCCCGACUUUCUCCCCGCCCUCUUCUCCCGCAUCGUCAUCGAAGUCCUCUGCCUCCAAAGCGGAACCACCCUCCAACUCACAUACACCUACACCCUCUCUCCUUCAGGCCUCUGGGCGCUUCAUCCUAAGCUUGCGCCUCGUCCCAACAUGUCAGUCGACCUCCCAUUAAGAGGUGUUCUGGCGCUGGUGGAUAAAGCCGUCCGGAGUGAGCUUGGAAGUGUUUUCAAUGGUGAGGUGGGUAUGGCUGCGAUUGAGCAUGCAGGAGGGAAGUUUUCUGAGGUGCUGGAGAAGGCGGUGGUUGAUCAGAUUGAGUGGGAGAAGGAUGUGGCGGAGAAGGAGAAGCAGUGGAUGAAGGAGCGAUGCGAGUUUAUGGAUCGGAUUCUGGUUGAGGAAGAAGAGGAGCGGGAACUGGGUGCUCGCCUGGCGCGGAUGUGUCGGCGUGGUCGCCAGCGCGUGGUGAGGGGUUUGGAGCGGGUUGGGUUGGGAGUGUAUUUUUGCUUGGGCGGGAGGUUUGAGGUGGGAUGCUGA